CCGCCUCGCUCCGAGAGAUGCAGCCGCAGCAGCUUGCAGAGCUGUCACACUCACACGGGCUCCUUAUCUGCACUGGCUUGACGAAUUAAAAAGCAAGCCAGCCAGCAAGAGAGAGACCGGGAGAGAGAGGGGGGACGAGAGAGAGAGAGAAGCUUGCAGACAGCGCUCGCUUUCUUUUCCUAAAGGAAGGAUUUUGCAUCCAAAGUGCUCACUGGUUGUGAUGAUGCUUCACUUAGCAGGCUCAGAAUGAGCUAGAGACAGCAGAUAGGGGAGAAACUAAAGGCAGAGCACAAAGCAUUACGAACCAACCCAAAACCAGGAACAGUUUUCUCCUCUAUUCUAGCAUGGUGGAUGUAUGGACAGUCUUACAGAGCAGAGGUUGACUUCUCCAAAUCUGCCAGCCCCACAUCUCGAACACUACAGUGUUCUGCAUUGCACCAUGACCUUGGAUGUUCAAACGGUGGUCGUUUUUGCAGUGAUUGUGGUGCUAUUGCUUGUGAAUGUCAUACUCAUGUUCUUCCUGGGCACUCGUUAAAUGGAUUUUUUCUCCUGAGCUGUUGGGGGCUACUACUACCACUAGCAAUUCAACAAGAGAGCACGAGCGGGAGAGAGAGAGAGAGAAAGGCGAGAGAGAGAGAAAGAGAGAGAGAGAUUUCUUACUGAGGGGGGAAACGCGUUGAGCUUCAACAUGGCCUCGCUGUGAUAUCUGAUCAGUGGUGGUUCCAUUGUAAGUGCUGAGGCAGUAUGGGAUCACGUCACCAUGGCCAACCGGGAGUUGGCGUUUAAAGCAGGAGACGUUAUCAAGGUCCUGGAUGCUUCCAACAAGGACUGGUGGUGGGGUCAGAUCGAUGAUGAAGAAGGAUGGUUUCCCGCCAGCUUCGUGAGGCUAUGGGUAAACCAGGAAGAUGGAGUGGAGGAGGGAACCAGCGACGUGCAGAAUGGCCAUUUGGAUCCCAGCGCCGACUGCCUCUGUCUCGGCAGGACUGUGCAGAACCGAGACCAGAUGAGAGCCAACGUCAUCAAUGAGAUCAUGAGCACCGAGCGCCACUACAUCAAACACCUCAAGGACAUUUGCGAGGGUUACUUAAAGCAGUGCCGGAAGAGGAGGGAUAUGUUCAGUGAUGAACAGCUAAAAAUCAUCUUUGGUAACAUCGAAGAUAUCUACAGAUUUCAGAUGGGUUUUGUCCGGGACUUGGAGAAACAGUACAACAACGAGGACCCCCAUCUCAGUGAGAUCGGACCAUGUUUCCUGGAACACCAAGAUGGUUUCUGGAUCUAUUCCGAGUACUGUAACAACCAUUUGGAUGCAUGCAUGGAGCUUUCCAAGCUGAUGAAAGACAGCAGGUACCAGCACUUCUUCGAAGCGUGUCGCCUGUUGCAACAGAUGAUCGAUAUUGCGAUAGACGGUUUCCUUCUGACGCCGGUGCAGAAGAUCUGCAAGUACCCCCUGCAGCUGGCCGAGCUGCUCAAGUACACGGCGCAGGAGCACAGUGACUACAGGUAUGUGGCCGCUGCUCUCGCCGUCAUGAGGAACGUGACCCUCCAGAUCAACGAGCGGAAGCGGAGACUGGAGAACAUUGACAAGAUAGCUCAGUGGCAGGCCUCUGUCCUGGACUGGGAGGGAGACGAUAUCUUGGACCGCAGCUCGGAGCUGAUCUACACGGGAGAGAUGUCCUGGAUUUACCAGCCUUAUGGACGGAACCAGCAGCGAGUUUUCUUUCUCUUUGAUCACCAGAUGGUUCUCUGCAAGAAGGAUCUGAUACGAAGAGAUAUUCUGUAUUACAAAGGGCGCAUAGACAUGGAUAAAUACGAAGUGGUGGAUAUAGAAGAUGGAAGAGAUGAUGACUUCAAUGUCAGCAUGAAGAAUGCCUUCAAACUUCACAACAAGGAGACUGAGGAAAUGCACUUAUUCUUUGCCAAGAAACUGGAGGAGAAGUUACGAUGGCUUAGAGCUUUCAGAGAAGAAAGGAAGAUGGUAAAAGAAGAUGAAAAGAUAGGCUUUGAAAUUUCUGAAAAUCAAAAGCGGCAAGCGGCAAUGACAGUAAAGAAAGUCAGUAAGCAAAAAGGUAACCGGCAACACGCACUGUGCCUGGUGAUGUGAGGGUGGAGUGGGCUGGGCUGAAUCCUGCUGGGUUAGGAUCCAGCGUCCCCUUGAACUUCCCCCUCUCCUUUCUCUUUUUAUAUAAAAUACCGUUUGUGCUUUGUAUCCUUUCUUAAUGUAUCUGUGGGCCAAAUUAAUCUCUGGUCUAAUGUGGUUGAAGCCAGUGGAAUUGCACCAGAGAUGAAUUUGAUCUUGUGUCUCCAGUCUGAUGUCCAGAAGCUGUCCCUGGGGGCAGAAAUCUCAGUUGUUUAUCUCAGGCUGAAAUGGGAGUGAGUGCGGAGGUGUGUAGGGGUUCUGCUAAUUCCCAAAGUCUCCCAUUAGCAAAAAAA